AAAUUCAUAGAUUUUGCUUUUACUCAUUCAGCAAGAGGGAACACUAUACUAUGUCCUUAUAGAAUUUGCUUGAACUGUUGUUGGUUUGAAGCUAAUGUUGUCUAUGAGCACUUGUUAUGCGAUGGGUUUAUUAAUGGGUACAAAAGAUGGAUAUAUCAUGGGGAGGCAUCAUCAUCUCUUGCAUCCGAGAGUGACCAUGAUGAGGUUCAACCUAAUGAUUUUCAAGAGGAGAUUGACCUAGAUGACUAUGAUGAGAUGCUUGAAAUGAUUCAAGAUAUAGCACAUCAAAAUGAGGAUUUUAGUGAUGGUACUAGUGGGGAGGAUCCAAGUCACCAGGAUGGAGAGCCUGAGGGUGUCGACCCUCUUCUAGAGAAGAAAAAGAAGAAGGAUGAAGAUGCUUUCCGACAAUUCAUAGCUGAUGACAGGGAGGAGCUUUAUCCAGGGUGCACAACCUUCUCAAAGCUACGUUUUGUUGUUAGGUUACUCCACACAAAAUCUCUUGGAGGUUGGAGUGAUAAAAGUUUCGACAUACUGCUAGAGUUGCUAAAAGAGGCCUUUCCAACAGCAAAGCUACCCAAAAACUUUUAUGAAGCUAAGAAGAUGAUAAAAUGCCUUGAGCUUGGUUAUAUAAAAAUUCAUGCAUGUGAGAAUGAUUGCAUUUUGUUCUGGAAGGAACAUGAAAAUGAGGAUAUUUGUCCUACAUGCAAAACUUCUUGGUGGAAAUUUGAAAAGAAUAGUCUUGAUGGGAAACAUGUACACAAGGUCCCAAGGAAGGUUCUUCGUUAUUUUCCAAUAAAGAAGAGGCUACAACGCCUUUUUGUGUCCCCAAAGAGUGCAGCGGACUGCAGAUGGCUUGCUGAAGAACGUACAAGAGAUGGACUAAUAAGGCAUCCAGCGGAUGCACCAGCUUGGAAGGACUUUGAUGGCAAAUAUUCAGAUUUUGCUAAAGAUAGUAGCAACAUGAGGCUGCUUGUGGUAUCUGAUGGUUUUAAUCCAUUUAGGACAAUGAAGUUAUCCUAUAGUAUCUGGCCUGUUGCAGUUAUUCCGUUGAAUCUUCCUCCUUGGUUGUGCAUGAAGCAACAUAAUUUCAUCCUCUCUUUGCUAAUUCCUGGUCCAAGGUCACCUGGGAGAGAUAUAGAUGUCUUUCUUGAACCACUUAUUGAUGAUUUGAACUCGCUUUUUGAGGAGGGUAUGAUGCCUUGACCGGUAAACCCUUCAACCUGCAUGCUGCUAUAUUGUCAACUACAUCAGACCUCCCAGGCUUAUGCACUCUAUCCGGAUUGUAACCUCUGGUGAAUUUGGCUGUCCAUUGUGUGGCUCACAUACUUGCUCUCUUCGGUUGAAGGAAGGCAAGAAAUUUUGCUAUAUGGGUCAUCGAAGGUUUCUUGAUCCUAACCAUGAAUAUAGAUUUGAUGAAGAAUCCUUUGACGGUGUGGAAUUAGGGACAGCACCUGUACCACUUAGUAGAGAGGAAGUUUUGGCCCUCACUGAAAAUAUGAAGACUGUUUUUGGAAAGGACCCUUCCGGGAAAAUAACCACGAAGAAGCGCAAGGUUGGCGAACCACCAAUGGUUCGGAAAAGAAAAUCCAUAUGGUUUAGGUUGAGAUACUGGAAAGACUUGCUGCAGCCUCAUAAUCUUGAUGCAAUGCACAUUGAAAAGAAUGUAUGUGAAAAUAUAAUUAACACACUUCUAUGCAUGGAUCGAAAAUCAAAAGAUAAUUACAGCUCUGGUAGAGAUCUAGAGCAUCUCGGAAUAAGAAAAGCUCUCCAACCUGUCCCGGUAGGUGAACAAUUUGAUUUGCCUGCUGCACCCUACGCAAUGGACAAUGAAAAGAAGAAACUGUUUUGUGAAAUUCUUAAGGAAGCUAGGUUCCCUGAUGGUUGUGCAUCUGAUAUACGCCGGAAUGUCCUUGUGAAGCAAAAAAAGAUUGUUGGGCUGAAGAGCCAUGACAAUCACAUUCUUUUGCAGCAAUUGCUUCCACUAGCUGUUCGGAACACAUUGCCAAAGGAAGUCGGUGUUGCCUUGGUUCGUGUUAGCAGAUUCUUCAAGCAAAUAUAUUCUCCUGUCAUUAGCAUAAGUGACAUGGAGAAGCUAGAGGGAGAAAUAGCUGAGACCUUGAGCAUUCUUGAGGCCAUAUUUCUGCCAUCAUUUUUUGAUCUUAUGGUUCACUUGAUGGUUCAUCUUCCAACCCAAGUGAGGCUAGGGGGCCCAAUAAAGUACAGCAGCAUGUACCCAGUAGAAAGGUAUAAUAUGAAGCUAAAGGGGUUCAAGUCGAUGAUCUUGGUGUCACACGUGUGAACUUCAAGCAUUUACUGAAGUCUGAUGAACCUUUUAUUUUGGCAUCUCAAGCAACCCAAGUGUACUAUGUGCAAGAUAAGCUUGAUAAAGAUUGGUAUUCUGUUAGAAGCUUUCCUCAUCCACGAGACCUGUAUGAUAUGUUUGGAGUGGGAGAUGAAGAUUUUGAACACCAUGAUGCACCUACUGUGUCAAUUGCUAAUCUGGAUGCCAAUGUAGAUCUUAGUGUUGAUGUUAGAAAUAUACCUCGUAGUAGGACAGAUAUAGAUGGAACACUUGUUCCUGCAGUUCAGCAACCAAAGAAAAAAAUGGAAAAAGGAAGAGACGAAGACAAUGCUGAAGCACGAGAGGAAGAGAGGCUAGCGAAUCUUAAAGCAAGAAACAGUGAGGAUUUUGCACGAUUUGGGUCUUUCAGAUUUGUAGAUGCUAAAGAAAUUUCUGGAGGCAACGCUAGUCAGCGACAAACUAAAAGAAAGAGCACCAUAGAAAAGCCUAUUGUUGAAGUAACUCGAGUCCUUAGGUCCCAAACGACUAGAGAUGUUGAUGACAUGCCAAGCGAUAACAUUGAAGAGCACGAUGACCAUGAGUUGGAUCAAGAAACGAAGGGGAAGAAGGGGAAAAACGCACUAGAAUGCACAAUGUGUAUGAUAGAUUGGGGACAGUCCCACCAAUUCGUGUGGAGUACAAUGGUGAUGGACAACCAAUUGGGGACAAUGCCUCGGAGUUUUCAAACUUCAUCUCCACACUUGUGAAAAGUAAAAUAUCUCUUGGGCAUAAUGAUUGGAGAAAGGUUGAUGUUGAGCAGAAAAAUCAUUUGUGGAAAACCUUGAAGAUGUACUAUGUUGUGGAUGACAAACUGAAGGAUUGGGUAAUGCGAAGCGCUGCGAAUAAAUGGAGGGAUUUCAAAUCUGAGUUGAAGACUUUGUAUUUUGAUGAGAAGAUGACUGAUGAGGAACUUCAAGUUGUACCAGAUAACAGAGUUAUCCCAACUGAUUGGAAAGAGCUUGUUGCUUUUUGGAAAACUGAAGCAGGGAAGUGAGCAAGGAAGAAAAAAUCGAAUGGAGAUGGAAUUAUUGCAUACAUCAGGCAGCAAAAGUCAUGCUCGUGUUUCUCAUGAAAUGCAUAAGAAGAAUGGAUAUCCCCCUCAAAGACAUGAACUGUUUAUAGAAACACACACAUGCAAGAAGACUGGUGCCCCUUCAAGUGUGGCUGCAGCAACUAUGUUUAAAAUGAUAGAAGAGAAGUCAAAUGAGUGUCCAGAACUUUUAGAAAAAAGCAUCAAGCAAGGUGACCUCUUCUCGCAUGUCGUAGGAAAGGAGAGGAAUGGGUAUGUGAGGUGUAUAGGUCUAGGACCAAGUGCUGCAGGUUUGGGCAUGCCAAGUACUAGAAAGCUGAAAUCCAUGAAGCUUCAAAUGACCGAGGAAGAAGCAAAGGAAGCUUGCCAAUCAAAUGCAAUUGUUGUCGAGCGUGUAGAUCAAAUGGAGCAUAAUUUCCAAAUAGUAGUUACAACUCUGAAGGAUGAACUUCAACACAUGAGGAGACUGUUACAAUCAAAUGUGCAGCAAAAUAUUCAGUUCAAUCUAGAGUAUGACUUAUCUCACUCUGGAUAUGGAUAUGGAGGUGGCCAUGGAGGUGGCUAUCGAUAUGAAGGUGGCCAUGGAGGUGGAUAUCGACAUGAAGAUGGAUAUGAAGGUGGCCAUGGAGGUGGAUAUCGACAUAAAGAUGGAUAUGAAGGUGGCCAUGGAGGUGGAUAUCGACAUAAAGAUGGAUAUGAAGGUGGAUAUGGAGGUGGAUAUCGACAUAAAGAUGGAUAUGGUGGAUAUGGACAUGAAGGGGGGGUAUGAAAAUGAAGGGGAGUAUGAGCAUGAAGAGAGUGCAGAAUCUGCCACCCGCAGCCAUGAGGUGCGGCAAGAGAAAGAAGCAACCAUUUUGCAUAAGAAGGCUGAAGAAGCACUCUUGCAAAAGAAGUUAACAACACCCACUCAGAAAAACUUUGUACUUUCUAGUACCGCUCAACAUGAGGUGCUGCAAGAGAAGGAAGCAACCAUUUUGCAAAAUAAGAAGGCAACAGGGCUCACACAACAAAGUAAGGAUGUGGCACUUCAUCGCCACAAGAUGGCAACAAGCAAGGAAGUUGCAAUCACAAAAAAAAAAUCAGCAGAAAGGAAAGGAUGUGAUCCUGUAUAAUGUUUAUUGAGAUCAUAGUAUCCCAGUGGCAAAAGCAACCAUUCUAUCAAUUGAUCGGAGAAAGGUGGUAGGUGGUCAGGAGCUUGGCUCUGAAUAUUGUGAGGUUGCCGUGAACUAUGUAAUAAAAAGGGAUGCUAUACUACCUCGUGGUGUUGGGAACAUGACCACCAUGGGGCAAGCUCAAGGGCGAUGUAUCGCAUGGCCAUACAAGCAUUUGGAAGUGGACAAGUCCAUGGAAAAAGCAGGAACGCGGCCACAAGCAAGCUAAGGAGGUUUCCCAAAGGUACACAAGUCAAAUGAAGGUUUGGAAGAUUUUCAAGCUCCUGAAGAUUUGGAAGACCUACAAUAGUUGGUGGAGUGUUUAUGUAAUAUGCUUGUUUACUUUGUGAAACCUGGACACACUUGCUCCGCUCAUUUUGCUGGUUGUUAAGCCAUUCUGCUCAUUUUGGUUCUGUGGCACACCCAGAAACAUGUACUUCUCCAUUUGUCGCACUAUUUACUUUUGUUGGUUGUGUGGCACAUUUUAAAACAUAUCUGCACUGUACCUUUUGUGGCACAACCUCCUUAUAUGUAUAUUAUGGUUAUGUUUAUCCAAUGACGUUUUAAGGUUC